CUUUGAAGCUAUACGUUUACCAACUAACGUCCAAAGUUGUCUGCGGAAUAACUUUUAUAUUUUCGAAAUAAAAUGUUGCGCUGUUCUGGACUUCCGUUUCUUCCGGGCAAUACGUUUCCUGAAAUCGGACAAACAAGAUUCCACAAAUCCCAGCACUUUGAUAGAUGGAACCGAAUCUGUAGACUAGCGGAUAAGAAAAGGCCAGGAAUCGGUGGAAAGCAGUACUCACCAACCGAUGGACCGGAGUACUGCCUGCCUUCACUGUACCCACCGCGACAGGGUCCUCUACUUCCAUCGUGGCUAACCUAUGAUCGAAAGGUUUUAUGUUUCCACGGAUUUUUCCAGGAAACUAUGACAGAAGUGGACCGCAUUCCGUAUCAGAUUCGGAAAGUAAAAAUCCUCUACUAUCUCGAGGAUAAUACGAUGCAGGUAAGCGAGCCGCGUACAAUGAAUUCCGGUAUACCGCAGGGUUGCCUGGUAACACGUCAGCGGAUUCCACGACCAGCGCCAUAUGACAAGGAAUUUACCUCGUUGUUGGAUCUGAACAUCAACCACACGGUGCAGUUGUUUGAUCGCGUGUACACAAUAACUGGCUGUGAUGAUUUUACACGAAAAUUCCUAAACCAACUGGGUGUAUCCGUUCCCGAGCUGGCGGAGACACCGAUCGAUCCAAGCACCGAACAGCGCAAAAAACAGGAUGCAGCCAAAAUGGCUAAAAGACCUGCAUACAAAAUUGACACAUUGGGGAAAUUCCUCCAAUACGACCGGAAGGUGCUUUGUUUCCAAGCGUUCUGGGACGACCGUUCAAGUCUGUUUGGCGAUCUGCACGAGUUGGAAGUUCUCUAUCGCCUAAGUGACGAUACAAUUGAGAUCAAGGAAAAACUGCCGCUUAACUCAGGACGCGAUUCGAACGGUAUGUUUCUACGCCGAGGCAGGCUUCCAAAAAUUUUCGAACGACUACCGGUAGUGGGCGAGAACACGCCAAUCACUAUUCUGAACGUCCUCGGUGGAGGUCUAAAAGGAGGACGCUAUCUGCCCGAUUGCGUUGGGAUCGGUAAAAGUGAAGACAACUACUACAAGGACUCAGAUCUCGCGAUUGGGCAAACGAUCAACGUGUAUGGUAGAACGGUUAUGUUAACGGAUUGCGACGAAUUUACCCGAGAAUACUACAGGGCAAAGUGUGGCAUCGAAGACUUCCAUCCGAUACUCGGUUAUAGUGUCAGAAAGGAUGAAUUUGAGCGUCGCAGGCGUCGUGAGCGCCAACUGCCGCCCUACAAUGGAUGGGGCACACACGAAGAUUCCGAAGGAAAUUGUAUCACAGUUGAGCCAAUGCCGCCAAAAAUAGAUUUCCGUAAGUUUGUCGUAUACGAUCGGUGCAAUCUUCGCUUUGGAGCACGUAUGCUAUCGAACAUCAAGGAAAACAAUGAUCGAUUCUUUGUCAUCACGUACUAUUUGAGUGACAACACGGUAUCAGUUUACGAAUUGAUGAUCCGGAACUCCGGAUUUCAGGGUGGUGUUUUUAUGAAAAGAGCCAGAAUGUUAGUUCCAAAUCAGGACAUUUUUACACCAGACAGGCCCAAAUACUACCAACCCCAGGAUUUUUACCUCGGCACAACCGUAAUUCUUCAGGACCAUAAGUUUAAAAUCACCAAUUCCGACAUCUACGCUCUCACAUUCAUGGAAACUUACUGCGAAGAGUUUCCACUUUCCAAUGUUGCAAAGAUAGUACAAAAAAUUCGCAGCGCUCUGGAGCCUAUCUAUAAAGAAUACAUUUCAAAGCACAUGGAUAAAGUAGUACCCAGGACAAUCGACGGAAACUCGAUCGGUACCGUCACCUACGAAGCGCUGCGUGACAUGCUAAUCGAACUACUGGGUGACCAAAUCGUCGAGCAGGAGAUCGUAUCGCUUUGUCGUCAAUUUUCUGCGGAAUCAAAACAACAGGACACCUGCGAUAAGGAACUGGUUCGUUCGGCCAUCCACGCCGAGCUAACGCGGCAACUUUGGAAUGACCUUGAGCGUACCAAAGAACACCUUUACCAUCUAGAUCCGGCCUCGGUGGAUGGCUGGAUGAACCCGAAACAUAUCGUCGGCACUAUUAAGGCUUGUCGGAUUCCGCUGGACAAUGCCCUAACUGAGGCGAUGCUACAAACUCUGAACCGGAACGAACGAGGCGAUUUGGAAGUGAAGGAUUUUCUGGAUAUUUUGAAUCCAUUGCAGAUUCCCUGCAAACCACUGCAGCCACUGAAUGUUAAACACGACGUGUGCUACUUCACGCCCUAUCGGAUCAGUGGUAAUCUUAUCGACUGGGAUAAACUGCUGCGUAGCAUCGAUCUGGAAAGCAAACUGACUAAUCAAACCUCUUGAUUGAAUGUGGACUCAGGAAAUUGUCUUAUAAAACACUAACCCAGAUCUGCCUUUGACGGAAUGUAAAUAAAUCAUAUUUUUUCAUUUCAUUUCUU